GUCUCGGGACGAAGCCCGCGUGCGGACUUAUCGUGAAAUCCGGGGAGCAAAUCCUUUACUUUGCUGCGUGUGAUCUAUAGACAUUCCGCGGGAAGGUGGUAGGAUUAAAGUGAGAGCUCCCCGGGAUUUUCCUAAUAAUCCGGACGUAAACUCCGGGCGGGUAUUAUCAUCAUCAUGGAAGGGCUACACGAGAGCCUGUGCCUCCAGGACUUUGUGGGUGUGGAGACACCGCCCAUGCACCAUCACCCAGCCGCGACCGGACAUCCACACCCGCAUCACCUUCACCACGGACACCUUCAUCCUCAUCACCAUGGGCAUCACCACAUGCACGGGCUGGCCGGGAUGGCGGCAGCGUCCUCGUCCGCGCUUUCCCCGCUCGGGUGCCCCCCGUCGAUCCUCCCCGAUUCCCACGCGGGGAAGAUCAAAGUCGAGGCGGAGGAGAAAGGAAACGGCGGCGAAUGCGAUUCCGCGCUGCCGGCCUCCUCGUCCAGCAACGACGGGAACGGAGAGGAGAAGGAGAAGGGGAAGAACGCCGGCAACGGGAAACGCCCGCGGCGGCAGCGAACGCAUUUCACGUCGCACCAGCUCCAGGAACUGGAGGGAUACUUCACCCGGAACCGGUAUCCCGACAUGUCCACCAGGGAGGAGAUCGCCAUGUACACCAACUUGACCGAGGCCCGAGUUCGGGUAUGGUUCAAGAACCGUCGCGCUAAAUGGCGGAAACGCGAACGGAACGCAAUGACAGCAGCUGCUGUGGACUUCAAAACGGCUGGCUUUGGAGCUCAAUUCAACGGAUUGAUGCAGCCGUUCCCGGACGAGGCGAGCCUGUACUCCCCAUACUACGCGACGAACAACUGGACCAGCAAGGUGCCUUCGCCGUUGGGAGGACCCACGAAGGGGUUCUCGUGGGGGAACCCAGCGAUGACCUCCUCGGUCCCCCUCUUCCCCAGCACUGCGACCGCUGUCCAGGGUGCGGGGAACGGGGUCAUUCCCUCGGUGACAUCGCCCGGGUCAUCCAUGGUCGCAGGGUCGACUGGGGCUGCCACCUGCCCGUAUGUCCAGGCUCCCUCUUCCCCGUAUUCCAUGUAUCGGGACCAGUGUUCUACGAGCCUGGCCACGCUGAGGCUGAAGGCAAGGCAGCACGUAGGGUUCGGAACGUACAGCACUCCCAGUCCUGGUCGACAGGGGAACGGCCUCACCCAGUCCUGUCAGUACUCUGACAGACCCACUGUUUGA